AUGGAUUUAGAAGUUGAAAUUCCAAUAUGGUAUAAUGGAAAAAUGAAAUGGAUAUCCAAUCUAACAACACGUUCAACAUGUUUCGAUGUAAUUCAAGCAAUUCUAUCGACAGAUGAAAAACAUGUUUCUCAAUCGAAUGAGGAUUUUAUUCUUUACGAAUCGUGGUGUGGUGUAGAAAGACCAUUGAAACCUCGUUGUCGUCUUUUAAAAUUAUGGAAUUCAUGGGCUGGUGAGUCUCAAAAUGUAACAUUAACACUUCGAACUCAUCAACAAAAAUCAAGUUCAACACAUUUUCUUAUUCGACAACAAGAUAAAAAAUUAGAAAAAUUAAAACGACAACUUAAACGAACAGAUAAACAAAUUGAAAAAUUUACAAACGUUCAAAAUGAUAAUAAUGAAUCCAUGUUAUCAUAUUUAAAUCUUUAUCGUUCAAUAAUUAAUACUCAAACUCAAUUAGAAUAUCAACAGAAAAUAAUAUCUCGUUUAAUAUCUGAUAUUGAAAAUGAAACUCGAACAGAUUUUGAUCAAGAUAAUUUAAAAAAAAUCUUAUCCGAUGUUAAUCAAACAUUAAUUAUUAGUAGAGAAUUAACUGAAAAAUCAGAAGAACUUGAUCAAAAAAUAACUAAAACAAAUGAAGAGAUUGAUCGAAAACAAAAUCUAUUAGAUGAAUUAGAAUUAGAUUAUGCACUUGAUCAAAGAAUUGAUAUGGAUAGUCUUGAUGAUGAUGAUCACGAUCAAUUAAAUUUUUUAUUUAAACAAGAACGUGUUAGUACUAAAGAUAUUUCACCAUCUCCACCACUGAUUUUUCCACAAAGACCACAAGCAGUAUCAUUUCGUCCAACAGCAAUAGUUGAACCGAGUCUCUCAAGAAGUAAAUCAAAAUUUCACUCCGAUCAGCCUACGAAAAGUCGAAUACAAAUAAUUCCUUUUCCAAUUCGUCAUUACAGUCCAUGGUCAGUAUCAACAAAUGACGAAUCUGAUACUGGUAUUAGUUCGUUUAAUUCAAAUGAUGAUCAAUUAGUAACGCUUGUUUAA